CCUCCUCCACACCCUUCCUGCCCCUGCCAGGGCUGAGGGAAGAAUAAGCAGAGGUGGUGUGAACACCUGAACCACUCCCUCCAACCAUGGGCGGUAACUGUUGUAAACCUGAUCGGCGACACAAAAAUACACAGGAUGCACACCGGCAGCGGCAGAAGUUAUUGGCGCAACUCCGCCAUCAGCAGAAGGUCCGAGCGGCGAAGUGCAUCCAAGCCUGGUGGCGGAGCGUCCUGGUGCAAAGGACCUUGCUGGUGGCCGCCCUCAGCGCCUGGGUGAUUCAGUGCUGGUGGCGGACCGUGCUACACCGCAGGCUGCAGCAGCGGCGGCUGAAGCUCCUGCGCCUCUACGUGGUGGAGGAGCAGGCGGUGGUCAAAGUGCAGUCCUGGCUCCGCAUGUGUCGCUGCCGGCAGUGCUACUGCCAGGUGUGCGACACCAUCUGCGUCUUCCAGCCCCCAGACGACAGUACGCUGCCCUACCCGAGCCACAACUUGUUGCAGGUUCAACACAGACUCAUCUCCAAGCAGCCCAGAUUCCACAUCGAGAUCGUAUCUGUCUAACAGGUCUACCGCUGCCCCCAAUAAACAUCCGAGUAGUUUG